GAGGCGGCUUCCGGCCGGGGCCGCCUGAGACACCGCGCCCGCCCCGCGCCGCGGCCAGUGAGUGAGGGGCGGCCUCGGGCCGGGCCUCAGGGAACCCUGAGGGAAAAGAAGGUGGAAAUUUUCUGGGAUUCUUGUCCUUGUGCUACUGAAAUCAUCCCUAACUAAAGAUGCAUCCAGACCUGUCUCCUCAUCUGCACACUGAAGAGUGUAACCUAAUUAUCAGUCUGCUCAAGAAGUGUCACAAGGAGCACAACAUCUUGAAAUUUUUUGGCCAUUGCAACGACAUUGACCGUGAGAUGAGGAAGUGCUUAAGAAAAGAGUAUGAAGAAAACAGGGCCAUGAACCGGGUGAAACGACAGAGGGUCAUUAAUGCUCACAGGAGCCCAGAGCAGUGAGCUGGACUGGGGCUGGGCAGCUGCAGCUCCAUGGGGACAUUCACUUGCAAGUUGACAGAAUACUUCUGUUCCAUCACCAGUGCUUUGGGAAAGGGUUAAAAACAUAAAUGCACCUGCUACACACUCAUUCCCAGCGAGGCAACCAGUGUGGAAAUAAAUAAAUAUAAUAGAACGCACACAACUUAAUUUUUGACCUCUAAAAGAAAACUAUUGUGGCAAGUCUUUGUUCUGGCAUAGUUUUAUGACUGUUAAUGAGGAAUUGGUGUGUGUGGAGUGCUGUGUAUUCAAGGCUGCUGUGUUCUUCAAUUUGUGCUGAAUUGCAUUUCAUUCCUCGUGUUUAGGAGUUUCUCCCUCGUUUCUUGGGUUUUGUGGGGGUUUUUUUGUUUGUCUGUUUUUCGUUGCAAAACACCGAAUGACUUUUUCGGUCGCUCUUUGUAGCGUUGUGAUAACAGUUCUCGAACGGAUCAGGAAAAAGAAAUUUUAAACAGAUGUGGCUUGAAAUUGGAAAUUUCCUAUCAAGGAAUAAUUGGAGUUCUAGUAUUUUUAUUGGAGCUAAACGGAUGCAACUACUGUCUUCAGCUGAGGAGAUUAAAAACCCUCCCUGCCAACCGUGUGUACAGUGUGGGCUGUUGUAAGACAAUUUGUUCAUCAUUCCCAGAGCAAAUGGCUUCGGAGACUCCGAGUGGAACAUUUCCAGGGAUUUACAAAGCUUCCCCUUGAUUUUUGUUGAGCGCAAUCAAUGUGUGCUGAGUGAUUUUUUUGAAGAGGAGCACUGCCAGAAAUACAAGCUAAACAGCUCUUCCAUAUUCCCCGGUACAAAGGUGAAGUUGUGACUGUGGCAGUUGAAGAAAAGCCGACACUGGAGUGAAAGGAAGUGUAAUUUGCCUUUCAGGUGGGCAAGAAAACUCAUAUUGUGUUCUCAAGUUGCCUCUUAAGCUGUUUAUUUGCCAUCAGACUGCAGAGAGUCUUCAACGAGUCACUGAAUUCAGAUUUCACAAACAUUCACUGACUUGUCCUGUGAUGGAGCUGCUGCUUCUCUGUGUGUCUGCUGCAUUCACCUUACUUUUAAAUAAUGCCUCUGUUCUGCCAAGCAACAAAAGACUGUUUUAAAAAAAAUUAAUUUUAUUCAGCCAAAUAUACAAAGUGUCUUGAAACCUUUUGAAAAAAGGGUGCCUAUUCUGCAGCGAGCUGUAUGGUUUGUUGUAAGAACCAUUGUUGAUAGUCUUGAAAGUGGUACAUACCCCUAGUUUUGGAAGAAAACUGUAUUUUGUGAUCUCUUUUGAAUUGUGAAUUAUUGUAUUUAUUUCUCAAUACCUGGAUGGACCCAGUUAAAUUGGUAAAACAUAACCACAACUGUUUUCAGUGAAAGUUCCAAGAAAAGCUGAAGCAAUUGUUUCUGCAACUUCAUGUGCUUUUUGCUUUCUUAGAACAAGUAAAUGAUGCACUGUUUGAUUUAAGAUGUGAAUGGCUGGAAGUGCUGCAGCCUCUAUUGAUAUUUUUAAGAGUAUUUUUAAAGAGUAUUUUAUAGAGACCCCCCCCCCAUUUGGGAACUCUGCAUCCCUGAUUCUUCUUCCCUUUGAGAUGAUGCAACCUACUUCAGGCAAGCUCUUAAAUAGGAUUUGUAGUCUUUAAGUAAAUAAAUAAACUGAGAAUUGUUCCAGAGAUUAGGUUGAGAGGCUGACAUCUGAGAGCAGAAGCACUGAAGCUUUUGUUUCUUUCAUCAGCUUCUGUGAGCCCCGAUCUUUCACACAGCAACAAAACAAAAAUCCAAGAGCCACUUAACACAGCUCAUUAGUCAGAAUCAUGCUUUCAGAGAUCAAUGUGCUUAGUGAAUGAAAGACCAAAUGGAACACACAAUUUCUAUUGAUACUUUGAACUACAUUUAGCAAUAAUUCUAUUUUACAGAUAAGCUUUGUUUACUUAGUGAAAGUGUGAUCUUGUUCAUCCUUCUGUUUCUCUUUGCUAAUUGCCCACUAGUAGUGUGAGAUGAGAGUGCCCAUUGAUUGCUGUGGGUUUUGUUCCUUUUGUUUGAGAGAGUUUAUGUUGCUAAUUUGAUCUUGAAGCAGAGAAACACUGGUGCAAUAAUACUUAUGCUUUCUCUGACAGAGAAAGGGGAAAAGGUGAAAUGGUAAAUGUGUUUUUUUCUUGUUUUCUAAAGUGAGCUGAGUGGUGAGAGGGGAUGCCUUGGCUGAAAUAAACUUUAUCUAUAAGGACUUUGGAGGAA